AUGUGGAGCCUGGCGGCCGGGGCGCGCCGGGCCCUGCACGUCUCCGCCGCCCUGGGCGGCUCCAGGAACCUGCUCAAGAAAUUCCUCCGCAAAACCAAGAAGAAGUUUUGGUAUGACAGUCCUGGGCUGGAGUCUCAUCUGCUGUAUAAGCCAUCGGGCUUGGCCUCUAUACUAAAAGAUUCUCAGCAAAGAGCUAGGAAAAAAGACAGUAUACGAAUAAGUGUACUGAAUAAGGUCUUGUACAAUGCUAUCACAGACUUGAUGAGCACCUGUGAAGUCAGUCAGGAACUCUAUGAUCUCAAGCUGGACAUCUCCAAGGUAUCCCUGGUAUCAGACUUUUCAGUAUGUCGUGUGUACUGGAAUUCUACUACAGUAGGUAACAGCAAGCAUGUGGAAAGUAUUCUACAGAAAAGUGCUCUACGUAUAAGGUAUCUUUUGCUAGCUCGUCAGGUUUUGGGAAAUAUGCCUCCAAUAGUAUUUGUUAAAGAUAAAGAAGCUGAAGCCAUGAGAAAGAUUGAUGAGUUACUGGCAGUUGCUGAUUUUGGACCUGAAAAAGAAAAUUUGUCUCAGAAUGAUUUCAGUGAAUCAGAGACUUCAGUGACUACAUUGUCCUCUGAUAUGUCAGCUUCAUCUCUCCAGUCAAAUCUUUUUGGUGUUGAUCAUGAAGUCCUGAAUAAACAAAUAAUGGAAUACAAAAAAAUGAAAAAAGUGAAAAAUGUAGAUGGCAUUGGGUGGGCAGAACAGCAGCGGAAGCAGUUGGCUGAAGUGCAAAAACAUAUGAGAAUGAAAAAGAAGAAGACAAUGGAUUCUUUUCAGAAUUAUGUUCCACCUCAGGAAUACUUAUUGAACAACUACAACACAGCAUAUUUGGAUGAUGAAACUGUAUCCUUCUCAGAGAAUGAAUUGGAAGAUGAAUUAUGCGAUGAGGUAAAUGAAUUUAAGGCAGAUGAUGACAUAAACCAAAACCCAUCCACUACAAAACUGAAGUGAAAUUGUAAGCUGUACAUUUCUCAAUAAAAAUAGCAGAUAAAAAACUUGGUUAGAAUAUAUGCUGAAGCAUUAGCUGUGUAACUCCACUUGAUUUUCCUCUUCCACCCUCAAAAGGUAUGGUAUGAUAUGGAAAAACUAAUGAAUACAAAUUGUCACAGUAAAAGAAGUUUUGAAAUGCUGUUUUUAAUAAAUAUGUCAUAAGUUGAACUUUUUUGAACUAAGAAUUUAAGGUUUUAGAAAUGUUAUGGUUGUGCUGAGGGUUGCAGGCAGAGUUCCUUAUCCUGUUAUUGGAGAAUAGACAAAGCAACUUUAUUGUGAGCUAAAACAUAUUGGCUGCCUCCUAGGAAGUUAAUUUCCUUUGCCUUGAUAUAAGUGCAAUGAUCUGUCAAAGAGAAGGAUUUCAGAGGACAUGAUUAUGUUACUUUAGAACCCUAGCAAGCUAUUAAUCUGCAAAUUUGGAAUCUACUUCUUGAAGAUUUAAGUAUAUCUUGGUGUUGUGCUCUUACAUUACUAAGACUUCUUUAAACUGUACAAGUAUAUACACAUUUUGAACUAUUUCAUUUGAAUUGUAAACAUUAAGAAAUUCAUGAAGGUAAGACUUGGUUUCCAUGAAGCUUGGUAAGACGUAGGCUUUUUAAGCCUCUUUUUGGAGGAGAGUAUAAGUAAACGAGGCACAGAAUGAAUGGAUGCAGUCUUUUUUUUCCUUUCCUCCUGUUCUACAUUUAUUUAGUACCUGUGUAGUUCUUGUUUUUUUAUUAUGAACAGAGUUGGACACUAAACAGAUUGCAGUUUGCAGAAUUCCUGAAAGCAGCUGAUAUUUUAAUCUUCAAGUAGCCAAUAGUUUCCCUAGUAACUGUUCCUCCCUAUGGCCUUAGGAAAAACAAAACAAAAAAGGAAGGAGGCGCAGGGGAAGUGUGCCUUUAUGCAGUGGCUAACAUGGGUUCCUUGGUCCAGAUAAACUUGAAGUCUUCCAAGGAUUUACCUUAACCACCUAAUAUAUUAAAACCUGGAGCUUUUCUUGACUAUUAAGCUUUUAAGACACAAGACGAACUUUCGUUUCUAGUGCAGCCAUGGCCUCUAUGUCUAAUUCUUCUCCAAACACAUUAAAAUCAUUUAAGAUA